AUGUGGAAUAGCCGACUGUCGAAGCACAAGAAGCUGGUGAUCAACUGUGCGGAAGCGAUUCAAAAAUGCUCAUCGUCAAACAGUUGCCCAUCGCGACCACCACUUGCUAGCCGCGCUCCAUCGGAUUUACAAGAGAAAAUGAAAAGACUCAAACAUUUGGAACAUUUUCCUGAGAUUUACCCGGAUUUCGCUCAAUCGCCUGUAUGGAAUCGACGCGUUGCUUUGAGAGAAGAGUUGGAACGAGCCGACAUGCUCGAAAGACGAAUGCAACUUGACAUUCCGGAAUUCUAUGUUGGCUCGAUACUUGCUGUGACGUCAUCCGAUCCAAAUUUGGCCACAAAAGAGAACCGAUUUGUUGGAAUUUGUAUAAGAAGAGAACGCGAGGGGCUACAGCAUCGAUUCGUUUUGAGAAAUGUAAUCGAAGGAAUCGGUGUUGAGGUAAUGUACGAGCUCUACAACCCAACAAUCAAGAAAAUCGAGUGUUUGAAGUUGGAAAAACGGCUAGACAGCGAUUUAACUUAUCUCAUCGAUGCAUUGCCUGAGUAUUCGACUUUUGAUUUCAACAUGGAGGGAUUUGCUCAUCCAGCCGGCACGCCAAUACCCGUGAAUCCGCUAAAGGUCAAGAUGAAGCCUUAUCCCUGGGCAACUCGCUGGGAGUUACGCGGCUGUAAAGGAAUUGAAGACGCUUGGACGCAACAAUCCGCGUAUUUCAAGAGGAAAUUCCAGAAGACAAAAAUGAAUGACUAUUUGCAAUACGAUUUCAUCGCCAAUUAUCGGACGGACAGCAUUCUCGAACACGAGUUGAAGGUUGAGGAAGAUAUGCAAACUUUUGAGAAAUCACGACACGAAGCUGGUCUUACUAGACGUCGAAUUUUCAGAUCAGCGGCUGCAUCAAAAGCU